AUGAACAAGGAGCAGAGCAACGAUGAGGUGGGCACCUCUGUGGCCUUUGAGCUGAGCACCGAGCCGGAUGCGCCUAAGGACGCUUCGCCAGCCGUUGCUGCCGUGUGGGAGCUCUACGCGCGUGUGUGGGACGCCGUCAUGCACAGUGACCCCAUCUCAGCCACUAUCGUCGGCGAUCACCGGUUCAACGACAAGCUGCAGGACUUGUCCAAGGCCGGCUACGAGGCCCACGCCCAGGCCGUCGCCAACUUCCGGAAGCAGUUGGAGGCCAUCAGCCUCGACGACAUUCCGCUGGAGAAGGACCAGCAAAACUACCUCUUCCUGCAGAAGUUCCUUCAGUUCGAGCAGAUGAAGCUCGACAGCUUCCAUCGCUUCGAAUUGCCCACUUCGCAUUUGUUCGGCCCGCAUAUCAUGUUCCCGCAGCUCUCCACGUUUCACCCCACCGCUUCGAAGGCCGACUUUGAGAGCCUCAUCAAGCGUAUCAAGGCAUUCCCGCAGCAGGCCGAUCAGAUGAUCGACGGCUUCCGCGAGGGCAUCCGCGCCAAGAUCACCCACCCCGCCACGUCCGUCGCCACCCUCAUCAAGCAGUGCGAGAACCAGAUCAAGGCCUCGCCGCAGGAGAGUCCGCUGUACGGCCCGAUCGCAAAGGCCAAGAAGGCUGAGCCGGCCGUGCUCUCGGCCGAUGACCUGGCGCAGCUGGAAGCCGAGGUGGUCGCAUCGAUCGAAUCGCUGGUCUUCCCCGCCUACGCCAAGCUUAAGUCCUUCCUCGAGUCCGAGUACCUGCCCGAGGCACGCCAGGAGGCCGGCAUCUGGGCCUGGCCCGAAGGCGAGAAGAUCUAUGAUCUCACCAUCCACUUCUUCACUUCGCUGCCCCUAACUGCGGAGAAGGUGCACGGCCUGGGUCUGGAGGACGUGGCGCGCAUCAAGCGCGAGAUGGAGGCCAUCAAGGAGAAGGUGGGCUCGCCCAAGGAGGAGGACCUCAAGACCUUCAUGGAGAAGAUCAAAGCCGAUCCCCGCUUCUACUACGCCACCGGCGAGGAAAUCGUGCAGGAGUACAAGAGGAUGCUGAAGGAAGCGGAAGCCAAGCUGCCCCAAUAUUUCGGCAUUCUGCCCAAGGCCGCGUACGAUGUCAGAGCGAUCGAGCCCUUCAGGGAGCAGAACUCGCCCCCCGCCCACUACUACCCUCCGCCGGCUCCCGUUCCGGGUUCCACCGCGCCGGUGCGGCCGGGUAUCUUCUACGCGAACACGUAUAAGCCCGAGACGCGUCCCAACUACGUCAUGGAGUCCAUCGCGCUUCACGAAGGCGUUCCCGGGCACCACCUGCAAAUCGCGGUCGCUCAGGAGCUCGACGGGCUGCCGCGGGCCAGGAAACAGCCGGCCGACUUCACCACCGGCUACAUCGAAGGCUGGGGCCUCUACACCGAGAAGCUGGGCCUCGAGAUGGGCUUCUACCAGGACCCGUACAGCGACUUUGGUCGCCUCACCACCGAGAUGAUGCGUGCCGUGCGUCUGGUCGUCGACACUGGGCUGCACGCGUUCAAGUGGACAAGGAGCCAGGCCAUCGAGUACUUUGCCGACCACUCGGCCAUGGGCAUGACCGACAUCGAGGCGGAGGUGGACCGCUACAUGGUGUUCCCGGGCCAGGCCCUGUCCUACAAGGUCGGCGAGAAGACCAUCCUCCGCAUGCGCGCUACGGCGCAGGAGAAGCUGGGCCAGGCCUUCGACAUCCGGGCCUUCCACGACGAGACCCUCAAGCACGGCUCCCUCCCGCUCGAGACCUACGAACGCAACAUCCUCCGCUGGAUCGACGCCCGCCUCGCCGUCAACUAA